AUGGACACCAAAUACGACAGACAGCUGCGACUGUGGGGUCGUGAUGGCCAGCAGGCACUCGCGGAGUCGCACGUUGUUGUCCUUGGUGCAACAGUGGCAGCGGCGGAGAUGCUUAAAAACAUGAUCCUGCCGGGGAUCGGUCUCUUCACUAUUGUGGACGAUGCCCUCGUAGAUGAUGAGGCGAUGGGGAACAAUUUCUUUGUCACCAUGGAUGACUACGCGGCGCGGCGUCCAAUUGCAGUUGCGUUAGUGCAAAACCUUGGAAAGCUGAAUGCACAGAGUAGGGGUAUAGCCUGCGUGAGGCCCUGCGCAUCGUGGCUGGAAUCGUUCUUGUCGCCAACAGCAUCGCCGAGUAGUACAAUAGCAUCCCAAAGCGGAGAGCAGCAGCCGACACUAAUUGUAGCGACUCCACGACUUUCGCCGGCCUCUUUACGCCGCCUCGCGGCCCACUUGAAAAGAGUGAGUGGAAUACCGUUGUUGUACGUCAAGGCUUCGGGUUUAGCCGGGCUCCUGCACAUACAAGCAAGGGAGCGGAUUAUCAUUCAUGCAGAGCCGAAACCAGAGACGCGAGUUACCGAUCUGCGCAUCUUCAACCCCUUUCCCGCACUACAGGAGUGGUUUGAGGCGCACGACCCGGCGGAUGGUGCUCUUUACAGCAGAGACAUCGAGUUGCAUAGUCAUUUCCCCUGGAUAGCUAUCCUCUACCAUGCUCUCCAACGCGUACGACUGGGGCGUGGCGAUCCGGCGUUUGUACCCCGGUCCAAAGCGGAUUACGACGUGUUAAAGCACGCUGUGAGUUCAUUCAUUCUUCGUCCAUUCCCACCGCAGGAGGGCUUCGUGGAGGCUCUGGAGAUGUGUCGUACAGUUCUUAAUCGCCCCUCUGUUCUUCCAGAGGGUCUGCAGCAGUUGCUGCGCGAUACUCGCGCAGACACACCACUUUGUAUGCAUCAAUGGCCACAGCAAGAUCCGGAGGAGAAGAACACUAUUCUAUGCUGGUCUGUGGUGCAUGGCAUCAAACAAUUUAUAGCGAAUCAUGAUGGGGUUCCACCAUUCUGUGGAUACGUUCCAGACUUCACCACAACGACGCAGUGGUACGCUGAGCUAGGUGCCAUCUAUGCGAAAAAGACGGAGGAAGACUGUGUGGCAGUGUGGGAAUACGCCAUGGAGGCCCUCGGAAGUUGUGGUUGUGGCAGUGACGUGCCUGUUAUCGUUGAUGCGUCUGAGGUUGCGGAGGUAACAAAAGCGCUUGUGCAGAACCUUUGGACGCUGCAAACAGUGAGUUUUCACCCAGGUCUUGACGAGAACGUGUGUGAUGCACUUUCUCAGAAGCGCUUCAAUCAUUAUCUUUCCGACUGUAGCACUGACGAGGAGCGCUUUACAGUUGAGAUGUACGCGGCACUACUAGCGGCGCAGUGUUUCGAGGAACGCUACGGGCGGCCGGCGGGGUACGCCUCUGAGCAGAGCACCGACGCUGAUGCCAUAUGGGAGAGUGACGGAAAGGAGCUUCUGCAGAUUGUUACGGCAUCCAGAUAUGGAGAACCGUGCAACAAUGUUGAUUUGCUCAGCAAGGCAUGUAUGGAAGUGGCACGAUACGGUGCGGGGGAGCCGGCUGCUAUUGCGUCUAUUAUCGGUGCAGCAGCAGCACAAGAGUGCAUCAAACUCGUGCAGCAGCGUCGUGUACCUAUUCAGCGGCCUCUGGUCUUUGACGGCUACCGAAGUUGCUUCUGGCUUGCUCCGCCGUUGCCUGAGAUUGCCGUGGAGCAGCAGUAG